GAAGAGGAAGAAGGACAGAAACAGAGGAGACAGAGAGAGCUGCUGGAAAGGGCAGGCUUUCAUUCAGCAGAGAAACAUGUGCACUUCUCCCUUAAUCUGGUUUCUGUAAACCCAGGGCUGUGAACAAUAUUGAUCACUGGCUCUAAAUGAGAGGACUAACAGGAAUUCACACAAAGGCUCGGACGCUUACUGGUGCACAAUUGGAACUUGGUACUGCUGCAUAAUGGGUUACAAAGCGACAUCCAUGCAUUGUGUCUUAAGAUGCCUGUGCUUCAUGCUUCUCCAUUUGUUUAGUGCAGCUCAAGAUGAAGACUUAAGAAGUUGUAGGACUGCACCAUGUGAUUUGGUCUUUAUUCUAGAUGGCUCGUGGAGUGUUGAAGAUGUCAAUUUUGAAAUAGUAAAACGAUGGCUCGUCAACAUAACGUCAAGCUUCAACAUUGGACAGAAGUUUACCCAGGUUGGCGUCGUCCAGUACAGCGACGACCCUGUUUUAGAAAUACCUCUGGGGAAGCACUCCUCCACCAAAGACCUCAUCAAAGCAAUGGAGUCCAUUGAGUACAUGGGUGGAAACACAAGAACAGGGACAGCCAUUAAGUUUGCUACAGAGAAACUGUUUGGCCUCUCUGAGCGCGGCCCGUUCGGCAUUUCCAGAAUUGCUGUUGUCCUCACAGAUGGGAAGUCUCAAGAUGAAGUCUUGAAAGCAGCAGAGGCAGCGAGGAAAAAAGGAGUAAUUUUGUUUGCAAUCGGUGUUGGGCCGGAGACUGAAGCUGCCGAGUUGAAUGACAUUGCAAACAAGCCAUUUACAACUUACGUCUUCUCUGUUGAGGACUACAAAGGUAUUUCCAGGAUCAUACAGGUCAUACGACAGAAACUGUGCGAAGAGACGGUUUGCCCAGCAAGAAUUCCCAUAGACUCCCGUGAUGAAAAGGGUUUUGACAUCCUGUUACAUUUAAAUCUGGCUAAAAAAACAAAGAAGACACAAGGUGCAUAUUACGGGAGUAGGGCCUAUGAAGUAACAUCUCGGGUCGACUUGAGUGAAGCUACGCGGAGCCUUUUUCCUGAUGGCCUGCCUCCAUCAUAUGUUUUUGUGGCCACACUGAGGUAUAAAGGGUCAGUGGCAAUAGAGGAGUGGGACUUGUGGAGAAUACAGACACGUGACGGAAGACCUCAGAUGGCAGUAACUCUAAAUGGAGAAGAGCGCACCGUCAUGUUUACCACAACCAGUAAUGCAGCAAGUGGAAUUCAAACGGUUAAAUUUUCACAGCAGACAGCGAGGCUGUUUGACGAGCAAUGGCACCAGCUGCGGCUGUUGGUCACCGAGGAGGACGUUACUCUUUACGUUGAUGACCUGGAAAUUGAAACCCAAGCCCUGGAGCCCCCUGUUGGUAUUUUCAUCAAUGGAAAAACACAAGUUGGAAAAUAUGUCAGAAAGGAAACAACGGUGCCAUUUGAAAUCCAGAAACUUCGCAUUUACUGUGACCCCGAGCAGAACAACCGAGAGACUGCGUGUGAAAUACCCGGUGUUUGCUCCAACAGUCCUGAUUACCCUGAACCAACUCAAGAACCUUGUGUCUGUCCUCCCGGACCUCCCGGACUUCCAGGAAUAAAGGGAGAUCAAGGAAACACUGGCAAACCUGGUCAGCCUGGAGCUGGUGGUGCUGAUGGUAAGCCUGGUGUCCCUGGUAUUAGAGGAAGUCCAGGGCCGCCAGGUCCACCAGGAGCAGAGGGUCCACGUGGGUCAGACGGGUACAAAGGCGAGCAAGGGAGGCCUGGUGUUUCGGGCGAGAGGGGUAGGCCUGGAUUACCAGGAGUGCCUGGACAACCAGGAGAGAAGGGCCUAAAAGGAUCCACUGGUGUCCCAGGGUUACCAGGAAAAGUUGGUCAAGCGGGAGAAAAGGGAGGUUUGGGGCCUCCUGGGCCACCAGGUUAUCCAGGAGACGCUGGCCUGCCCGGAAGAGAUGGAAAGGUUGGACUUCCUGGGAGACCUGGUCAAAAGGGAGAAGUUGGAGCUAUGGGUAUUCCUGGUGUUGAUGGAAGAGAAGGCCAUCCUGGUAUGCCUGGUUUGCCAGGAAUUGCAGGUCAGGCUGGACUAAAGGGGGAAACUGGUUUGCCUGGGUCCAGAGGCUUCACAGGAUUGCCUGGACCACCUGGUGAGAUGGGUUUACCUGGUGCACCUGGUUUAAAAGGAUCAAUUGGACCCAAGGGGAAUAAGGGCGGAAGUGGAAGUCCAGGAAGUCCAGGAAAACCAGGGCCUGCGGGGACUGCAGGGGAACCAGGAAGAGCAGGUCAGCCGGGGCACCCGGGCAUGCCAGGCCUGAAGGGCAGCAAGGGACAAAGAGGAAAUCCAGGCAAUAAAGGAGAGAUGGGAAUGAAGGGUGGAAAAGGAGAGCCUGGUCGGCGGGGGGAACAUGGCUCAGCUGGUCCAGUGGGACUGAAAGGAGAGAAAGGGACAGCAGGGGAUUCGGGGCAGAGAGGACAAGAAGGUGCGAUGGGACGGCCCGGACAGCCGGGUCAGUCAGGCCCAGCUGGCCCUCGAGGGCUGCAGGGGGAGAGUGGUCCACCUGGCCCACCUGGACCUGAAGGAAGAUCUGCAAGCCAAAUGUCGGACCAUCACAUUCGGCAAAUCUGCAGAGAGAUUCUUCAGUCUGAGCUGCCUUUAUUGUUGCUGAGCAACCAGCAGAGUAGCUGUACCAGAUGUCAAACCCGGCCUGGAUCUCCUGGUCCUCCAGGUCAAACUGGGCCCCAGGGACUUAGGGGUCUUCCUGGACUUAGUGGCUCCAGGGGACAACCAGGCCACCCUGGUCAGCCAGGGCACCCUGGUCUUCAUGGGAUGAAAGGAGAACCAGGUUUACAGGGCGAGAAGGGGAGCCCGGGUCGAACCACUAUCGGAGACCAAGGGCCACCAGGGCCUCCAGGUCCAAUGGGUCCGCAGGGGUACGGUAAGCCAGGAGCGCCAGGAAAGCCUGGACACCCCGGUCUAAACGGAGCAGAGGGCAAAAGUGGUAAUCCUGGCAUCCCUGGUCAGCCUGGGGUGUGUGAUCCAUCCAUGUGCUACGGUAGCAUGAUGAGGCGGGAUUCUUACAGCAAAGGGCCAAACUAUUGACGUAACGCAGCGUCACUGCAGGCACCAGUCUCGAGCUGAUGUGGAACAAACAGCCAUUCUCAGGAAGAUCUCAUCUUUACAGUUUUUUCUCUGUCGUGGAAACAAAACGGACCUCCUCUUACAGCUUCUAUGUGAUCUCAGACAGUCAACAGAACUAGAUCCUAUCACAUUUUCUCUGAUGGUAUUUUUGAAUUAUUAUUCACGUCUUUGAACAUGCUUUGAGGUGUUAUCAAUGGUGUGAAGAGAAUUAAUAAUUGGCUCCAUUUCAUACCUCUCAUUUGAGCACCUUGACCUUGUGUACUUCAUGUAUGUCUGGAUCUCUCUCUCUGGGCAGUGUGGCUGGUGCUUUUUCCCAGAUUGCCCCCUGGUGUUGCUUCACUGCAUGUUGCUCUCUAAAUUUUCACUACACAUUAGAUGGGUGCUAUAUCGUCUGUUCAAAAAACACGCAACUUCUAUGAUCGACAGAUUCCAUGCAAUAAAUUAUUCCAUUAUACCUUAUAUCAUGUUUCAAGCAAAGACUGUGACUUCCUGUAGCUAAUUAUAAGCUGCUGUAAGCCUUUAUGUUCCUAAAGCAUUCAGUUUGACUGUUUCGCACUUAUUAUGAAAAAACUUUUACAACAGCUAAUAUUGUGUAUCACCCAAGAUAAAUGAAUAUUUUACGCCCUAUCACAAUAAGUAAAAUGUUUAAAAGUAUACUAUGCAGGAUUUACCUUAACACAGUGUACAGACUCAUACAAAAGUAAUCCCUCUCAACCAUCAAUUAUGACCCACUAGAAGUGUGUGGCAAUGUAAUCAUCCGUGGAGACUCUGCCCUCUGCCUGUAUUUUCUAAUUUCCUUCUUGUUUUGCUAUGUUCAGGACUUUCCUAUGCACAGCGCGCAGGUGAGGUCAGGAUAAAAAGAUGGCGACCAGGUGCCACACCGUACCAGCACUUAUUCAAAAAUAAGCUACGAAAAUUGCAGACAAAGCACAUAAAAAAAGACUGUUCUAGCUGUUCUGUUAUUUGUCUUUACCCACUUCACCAUUUUACCCACAUUACUGAUGAUUAUUAAGACAUUUGAUUUUCUCAGUUUCCCCUAACCCUGGCUUUUACUUCAAUUUUUGCUGGCAAUACUGUUCACGAACAUUAGUCGACAAUUCCUGCAUAGUGUACCUUUAAAGUUUCACCAUCAAAGAACAUGCUGACAUUUUACUUUGAAAUAUGAUGUCACUUAUGUUCCCGAGGCUUACCUUUCAUUACUGUAGCUGGUAUUUUAUUGUUAUUUAUAAAAGAGUCAUAACUGUGUGUUUCAGCAGUGACAUGUCUUAAACAGCUUUUGUAAUUUUAUUAUUUUGUGUUAAGGUGACUUUUGUAUGAAUCUCUCUCUCUCUCACUCUUUAUUUUUUUUUUAACUAGAAUUAAAACAUCUUAUUGAUUUGUGAUGUUUAUUCCAGGACUCCAUCACAUUAUUGAUCUCAUCUUUCUGCUGGGUUAUUAUUAGUAGUAGUAUUAGUAUUAUUGUGAACAUUUCCAUCUGCAGCAUCACACAGGAUGAAGUGUGAAACAAAAAAGAGUUCAUCACCUGGGUCCUGUAAGGACCGGGGGUGUAGCAUCAAAUUCUUGGCCCUAUUCAUAAGCAGUCUCUGUGUCCCUUUGCUUCUUUCCCGGUAAGACCACCCCGUUGACGAGAGCUCAACAUUCUGUUUCACUCUCUCUAUAAUUCUUGACUCCCUGCCGGCCCUUAACAAUUUUAGUGGCCUUGACAAACUCCCUCAGCCAAUCAGUGUAACAAAACAUGGGGGAACAUCUUGUUGUUGUCUCUUCCUCUAAUUAAACUGUUGUUAUUAA